AUGAAGCAUAUUGUAAAGAUAAUUGCAUUUCUGGUGGCCAUUUCUGCUUAUUGGAUCGGUCUCCUUCAGAUAUCUAUUCUUCCUCGGAGUUACACUUGGUUGCUACCUAUCUAUUUGAUUCUCUCUCUAGGAUGCUAUGGUCUUCUAAUGGUUGGAGUUGGUCUCAUGCGAUUUCCCACUUGUCCUCAAGAAGCAGUACUGUUGCAACAAGACAUAGUUGAGGCCAAGGAGUUUCUGAAGCAAAGAAAUGUUGAUGUGGGUGGUGACUUCAUGAACUCAUUAUCUUCAACUAUGUAG